UGCCUUUGCAGGAAGGUGAAAGGCCCCCCAAGUCCAGCCGGAAGGGAUACUAAUCACGGCGAAUUCCUCAGGGCUCGAGGGACUGGCGCUGGGGAAACGUGACCCCAAGAUUUCGGCGGUCCCCUUGAAUCAAUCCGACAGUCGGCGCAAACUGCCAGCGUCGAUCCUACUGUCUGUCGCGAAUUAGCAGUUGCUCGUCGCUAGCUGUCGACCGGCCCGGCUCCACCGAAAGGCAAUUCAGAGCAGCGGGAUGUGCCUGUAGAUGCAGAAUGCACAUGCUCAGUAGCUAUGCAGACGUACUUGUACUAGUAUGCAAACGUAAUGCACGCCCGGCUGCCAGGGCGCGACGCUCUGUCUUUGGUAAAGCUGCUGCGCCGUCCUGCAGGUUCUAUGCACAGGAUGCUGUGAAUGGCGUAGCGGUCACGCACAACCUCGACUCAUGCAACAAGGUCCAGUCUUUUUUUUUUCCUCUGCUCUUGGCAACGCUUGUUGACCCCCUUGGCUUAUUUUUCUUCGCUGCGGUGCCUCUUCGCCCCGGCGGAUCUCGUCGCUCCGUGGCGACCAAAACAAACGUUGUUUCAAUGGGCACGUUAUCACUGAUGACGCCUAGACGGCAGCUGCUGCGUGUCUCAGACGCACCCGGUCAACGGCAUGUGAGAGGCCGGCCUGGAAUGCUGAUACGCCGGACGUCAGCUACUGACUGGGCGACAGACGGCCCACUCGAUCAGACGUCAAGCCCUGCCAGCGGAUGCACAGAGUCUGCAGUGCGUACGGAGCAGUACAGCAGGAAUGCAGCAGCACAGUACCUGCGAGCACGAGGCCCUGCGGCAUGGACUGAACAUGCGGUAUGUACCUACAGGACGAGCCUCUGCGUGUCUGUCCGUCACUCGCUCGCUUGGCCUGUCCGUGGAUCCGCGCGGGUCCAGCAAAGUCUCCCCUCUCCCCGGCUUACUGGAGGUGCUAGCAGCGGUGGAUAGCAGCUGUGCAGUACAAGUACAAGCGUUAUGGCAAAGGCGGUCAAGCGAGGACCAAGGAAGAAGCACAUAAGCAGAGAAGAGAG